GACGCAGUAGUAUGCUACCGUCAUCAGACGAGUUUAAAAGAAUAAUACAGAAUUUAAUCUUUGUUACGAAUAUUAUUGCAUAAUAAAAUAACCAAGUGAUAAUUAUUGAAUAAUAAUAAAAAUUUUGAAUUUUAUAUUAUAAACAGUGUCAAAAAUGGAUAAUAAUAAUUCAUAUACAAUUGUUUUGACAAUCAUCGUUAUUCUAAUAUUCAUAAUUUAUUAUUAUUUGACGGAAAAACAAAAGUAUUGGGAAAAACGUGGAGUACCAGUUAUCAAAAGUAGUGUACCAUUUAUUGGAAAUAUUUGGCCAGUUUUGAUUAUGCGUAAAAGUGUUGCUCAAUUAUAUGAAGAAUGUUAUAAAUCAGCAUCUCAAUGUAGUAUGGUUGGACUUUAUAAUGUUGGUGAGCCAGAAUUAUUGAUAAGAGAUCCAGAAUUAAUAAAAAUAAUAUUUCAAACAAGUUUUACAAGUUUUGAAAAAAAUGGAAUUGAAAUAAAUCCCGAAUUGGAUCCAUUAGCAAGCCGUAAUCCAUUUUUUUUGCAAGGUGAAAGAUGGAAACAAGAACGAUCAGUUCUAUCAAAUAAUAUGUCAAGUGGAAAAUUAAAAAAUAUGUCACUUUCAGUACGUGAUGUUUGUAUUGAAUUUAAAAAUUAUAUAAAUAAAGAAAUAAAAUCAAGUGGUGAUGGUAAGUCAAUUGAAGUUGAAGCACAAGAAUUAUUUGCACGUUUUACAUCUGCAUUUAUUGCAAAAGCUGGUUUUGGAAUUGAUGGUAAUUGUUUCUCAAAUCAAUCAGAUAAUUUUUUUGAAAUAGCUAAAAUGAUGUUCAGUCCAUCGUCAUUUGAUGUAUUCAAAACUAUGAUUGUAUCAAUUUUUCCAUCAUUGAAUAAUAUUAUUAAAACGCAUUUUAUAUCACCAAAAAUAGAUCAUUAUUUUCGCGGGGUUGUUAAUGAUAUUUUAGAAUCACGAAAAAAAAAUAAUACUCGGGGUAAUGAUUUUGUACAACAUUUGAGUGAUACAUAUAAAUAUAAUGAAUCUAACAACAAUGAUGAUGGAAAAAGAGAUAUGUUACUUUCAAUAGCUUCACACGCAUCAUCAUUUCUUAUUGAUGGUUAUUUGACUUCAGGUUUAACUUUAAUGUUUGUAACUUAUCAUAUAGCUGAUAAUCCUGAUGUCCAAAAUAAACUUCGAAAAGAAAUAAAAGAAACAUUGAAUAAAUAUAACAAUGAAAUUACUUAUGACGCUAUUCAAGAUCUCAAAUACAUGGAUUUAGUUAUUAAAGAAUCGAUGAGAAUGUUACCAGUAACAGCUAUUUUACAAAAAGUUUGCACCCAAGAAUUUAAAUUUGUCGGAUUUGACAAUGUCGAAUGUACUGUAAAACCAGGUACUAAAAUUAUAAUACCACUACAAGAAGUACAGAAAGAUGAAGAGUACUGGCAAGAUUCAGAUAAAUUUGAUCCAGAAAGAUUCAAUGAUGAAAAUAAAUCUAAUCAACAUAAAUUUGUUUAUCUGCCUUUUGGAGCAGGCCCCAGAGUAUGUGUUGGACAGAGAAUGGCAUUGCUACAAAUGAAAGGUGCUCUUACUGUUUUACUUGACAACUUUUCACUUGAAAUUUCACAAAAAACAAAGCAGCCUCUUGUUUGGUCUCGUAGUUCUAUGUUCAAUUUACCCGAAGAUGGAAUUUGGAUAAACAUCAAGCCUUUAACAGUGUCAAAAAUGGAUAGUAAUUUUUCAUAUACAAUUGUUUUGACAAUCAUCGUUAGUUUAAUAUUCAUAAUUUAUUAUUAUUUGAUGGAAAAACAAAAGCAUUGGGAAAAACGUGGAGUACCAGUUAUCAAAAGUAGUGUACCAUAUAUUGGAAAUGUUUGGCCAGUUUUUUCUAUGCGUAAAGGUAUGGGCCAAUUAUAUAAAGAAUUUUACAAAUCAACAUCUCAAUAUAGUAUGGUUGGUCUAUAUAAUAUUGGUGAGCCAGAAUUAUUGAUAAGAGAUCCAGAAUUAAUAAAAAUAGUAUUACAAACAAAUUUUUCAAGCUUUGAUAAAAAUGUCGCAGAAAUAGAUCCUAAAUUGGAUCCAUUACUAAGCCGUAAUCCAUUUUUUUUGCAAGGUGAAAAAUGGAAACAAGAACGUUCAAUUCUAACAAAUAAUAUGUCAAGUGGAAAAUUAAAAAAUAUGUCUCUGUCAGUACGUGAUGUUUGUAUUGAAUUUAAAAAUUAUAUAAAUAAAGAAAUAAAAUCAAGUGGUGAUGGUAAGUCAAUUGAAGUUGACGCACAAGAAUUAUUUGCACGUUUUACAUCUGCAUUUAUUGCAAAGGCUGGUUUUGGAAUUGAUGGUAAUUGUUUCUCCAAUCAAUCAGAUAGUUUUUUUGUAAUAGCUAAAACAAUGUUCAAUCCAACAUCACUUGAUGCAUUCAAAAUUAUGAUUGUAUCAAUUUUUCCAUCAUUGAAUAAUAUUAUUAAAACGCAUUUUUUACCACCAAAAAUAGAUGAUUACUUUUGUGGCAUUGUUAACGAUAUUUUAGAAUCACGAAAAAAAAAUUAUACUUGGGGUAAUGAUUUUGUACAACAUUUAAGUGAUACAUAUAAAUAUAAUGAAUCUAACAACAAUGAUGAUGAAAAAAAAGAUAUAUUAAUUUCAAUAGCUGGGCACGCAUUAUCAUUUCUUAUUGAUGGUUAUUUCACUUCAAGUUUGACAUUAACGUAUAUAACUUAUUAUAUUGCUAAAUAUCCUGAUGUUCAGAAUAAAGUUCGUAAAGAAAUAAAAGAAACAUUGAAUAAAUAUAAUAAUGAAAUAACUUACGACGGUAUUCAAGAACUCAAAUACAUGGAUUUGGUUAUUAAAGAAUCGAUGAGAAUGUUACCAGUAACAUCUAUUUUACAAAAAAAGUGUACUAAAGAUUUUAAAUUUGUUGGAUUUGACAAUGUCGAGUGUACUGUCAAACCAGGUACUAAAAUUACAAUACCACUGGAAGAAAUGCAGAAGGAUGAAAAGUACUGGCAAGAUCCAGAUGAAUUUGACCCAGAAAGAUUCAAUGAUGAAAAUAAAUCUAAUCAACAUAAAUUUGUUUAUCUGCCUUUUGGAGGGGGCCCCAGAAUAUGUGUUGGACAGAGAAUGGCAUUGCUACAAAUAAAAGGUGCUCUCACUGUUUUACUUGACAACUUUUCACUUGAAAUUUCACAAAAAACAAAACAACCUCUUGUUUGGACUCAUAAUUCUGUACUCAAUAUACCUGAAGGUGGAGUUUGGAUAAACAUCAAGCCUUUAUAAUAUCUAGAUUUAUACAUCUGUCCAAACAACUGCGAUUAAAAAAAAUUACAGCUACUUCACGAUUAGAUUAGUCGUGUAUUAUCUUUCUUUUGCUACUAAAAGAUUAUGUAUAAUAUCACAACGUUGAUAACUUUUUUUUUUGUAUAAAUA